GACCGGCAAGUCAUACACAGUGUGUCAAAAUUUGGUAAACGCGUGCUGUGAUAGUUUCACGUAUCUAUUAUAUUUUUUCGUUAAUUAAAUCGUCAACAACUAACCAACAGAAUGAUGUUCCUAUCAGUAUUACUCAUCACCAUCACCACCUUGGACCAGUUCCAAUGCAUAAGACUGAUCGACGACAUCGAUAACGAAGUGAGCGGUGACCCGACCGUCAACAUCGCCUACAACUCAUGGUUGAAGAUCACACAGGCUCCCAGUCACGUCGUCACCAAGAAAGUGGGAGCCCACUUGGAGCUGCACUGCGAGGCCAUGGGCUCCCCGCCUCCCACGAUAGAAUGGUACAAGAGGAACCGGAAGAUCACGGAGAACGAAAGUUUCGAGCCGUACACGGUUCCGCCAGGCACCGCCAUCGCCACCGUACAGUCGCGGCUCGUCAUCAACCACCUGUUGCCGCGCCACCAGGACGUGUACCGAUGCGUGGCGCAAGGGGGCGCCAGAGUAGCCACCGCCGCCUCCAAGGUGGUGGUGGCCAACAAGGAGGGACGCGAGAUGAACCUCACGCAGCUGCUGACCGCGAAGAUCUUGGGGGCGCACCAUCUGCCGAGAGUAACGUUAUGGGCGUCGACGUACCUGGACGUCAUCGGAAAUGACGUACUGCUUCCGUGCAAAUUCGUGGGCAACCCCAAGCCGUAUGUGAUUUGGAGCGACCCCAACGGCACGGUAAUUGAGAACGACGAGAGAUACUCCAUAUCGCAGGAGGGUGAACUCAGAAUAAGGUCCAUCGCUUGGUCAGAUCAUGGACCUUACACGUGUUCGCUGGAAAAUUCCGUCGGAGUAGAUUCCGUGGAGACGUUUUUAUAUCCGAUGGAGAAACCAUCGAAAUAAUCGGCGAUUAGCGGAAUUCGUCCCUUCCAAAUCUGAUUCUAGUCAAAUUUUCUUAAGCAUUCCAAGGAAAGAUUAGCUUGGAUCUUUUUUAAAUUAAUUUAUAAACUAGUAUUUAUAAUUUAGGUAUUAUUAGUUUAAUAAAUUAUGUACUUAUUUAUAUUGAUGUAUAAAAGUGAAAUUCUUAAAUCGAUGAGAUUAAAAAUUAUGACUAA